AUGGAGCCACUCGAACAGUUGAAAGGCCAGGAUUCCUACAAGUAUUUAGGAGUCCUUGUUUCUGUUACGAUGACUACCGGGGAUGUUUUAAAGGGCGAAUUAUACUGCCUGGAUACCCACAAGGGACAAACUUUAGUAAUAAAAUCUGAGGGUGAUGGUGAAAAUUUUUCUUUCCAUAUAUUGAGAUUGUCAUCAAUUAUCAACUUUGAAGUUUUGGGCCGUCAUAACGACUCCUCCUACGAACUUACGCGCAUGACCUGUGAUGAUUUUGCUCAUUUUAAAUCAAUGCUCAACAGAAACGGUGAAAAUUUCAACAAGAAAAAUCAUUAA